GUCUGACAAACAGCAUUUAAUGGAUAUAAAUUUUAUAAGCUUUCAUGACACAUCUGAUGAAAGCAAGAUACUAUACGCAUCUGACAGUGUUACCGAUGUUCUUGGUUACAAUCCGGAAGACGUAGUGGGGAGAUCCGCGUUCGAGUUUUUGCACCCGGACGAAGCACCUACCAUACGACGAUUAAAUAUGGCAAGAAUUCAAGCACAAGAAGUAUCCGCUCUAACUUAUUGCCGAUAUAAACGUUCUGACGGAGAGUACGCGGAUGUUGAAGCGAUCUUUCACUACUGCUAUGACGUUGUCAUACUGGCCACAUUCCUUCGACGACCAGAGACAGAGAGGCAUUACGUUCGUGCUCAAUCCGCGUUGACAUUGCACAUUAUAAAACCCGAUGGCUCAUUAGAAAUGGUCCAAGGAUCAGAGAAUCAAGAACGAACUAUGGGACUACAGAUCGAACGGUAUAACUGGGACGACACGCAAAGAAGCCUGGAACCACGAUUCGCCGUGAUAUUGAAUCGAUUUACACGCUCUCUCAGUAUUCUAUUCGUCAGUCAAGCUGCACAAGAAAUGGUUGGCGUACGGAUCGAAGACGCUAUCGGAAAAAGUUUUUUUAACUAUGUUGACCCGCGAGACCAGCCACAGCUCAGGGAUGCUCUAGAAGAAGCAAAAACAACAGAUGAAUUUGUGCAUGUAUGCUUCAAUUGGUGCACGAGAGGUCAUGUGGUCUGUCUCCUGGAGGGUAUAUCAAGCUGCACAAGCGAUGGUAUUGUGGUGGUAUUUCGGAAAUGCAUAAAGCAGGAUAUCGAAUAGAUGCGGUGUUGAGGAUGGCAAAGAUCUCUAUAUAUUGUGUUUUUUUCCUUGCCUUCUUAUGCUAGGCAUGUAUUUGGCUUCUUCUUGUUUUCUUUGACGCCUAGCAUCGAGGGCUGCCUUGUAUAAUCUUGUUCUACAUAUAUAAAAAGAAACCUAAUAGCCUGUUACCGGGAUGCAAAGUUGGAAGUAUUGGC